ACGAACGAACGAACUACUGGUAGGGCGCUAGCCACUAAUCCUACAGCAUCUGCACGUUCCUAGCUAGCUAGCUCCUGUUUAUAUAUACACAAACCGCUGGCACUGCAGCCAUCUGCAGCGACGAUAGUGUGUGCGUCCUUGAGCACCGACAGGCACCAACUUGAUACAUACAAUGGCCAGGAGGCUGCCGGCGCUGUGCGGCGGCGGUGGCCGGGCGACGGCGACGCGGGUGAUCAGGAGGAAGCGGGUGCAGCGGGGGGUGACCUACUCCUCGUCCUCCAGGCAGCUCGCCGUGGCGGCACUGGCCGGCGCCGGCGGCGGCAAGAGCAGUAAGAGUAGUCCAGGAGGAGGAGGGUGCUACGUCAAUGGCAACGGCGCGCUGAUGGUGGAGGUGGGCGGCGCCGGCGCCGGCGCGGGGGGCAAGAGGAAGGACGGCGGCGGGCGGCGGGUGAUGGUGCUGGCCGACGGCCGCGCCGAGGCGGCGGGCGCGCUCCAGUGGGCGCUGUCGCAGGCCGUCCGGAGCAACGACACCGUCGUCCUCCUCACCGUCGUCAAGCCGGUCGCCCAAGACGCAGUAAGUGAUUCCUGCGUGAAGAUGCUGGGGACGAAGAGCCAGCAGCACCUGGAGGCGUUCAAGACCCUGUGUGAAUCAACAAGGCCAGAGGUGAAGGUGGAGACGUGCGCGGUGGAGGCGGAAGAGCGCGCGCCGGCGGUGGUGGAGGCGGCGAGGCGGCACGGCGCGUCGCUGCUCGUGCUGGGCCAGCGCCGGCGGCGAGCGGUGGCGCGGUGGCUGCAGGCGCUGUGGCGGCGGCGGUGGCGCGGGGGCUCCACCGGCAGCGGCGGGACGAUGGUGGAGUACUGCAUCGAGCACGCGCCGUGCGUGGCGCUGGCCGUGCGGCGGAGGAGCUCCGGCGGUUACCUCGUCUCCAGCAAGCGCCACAAGGACUUCUGGCUCCUCGCCUAGUCCGGCCAACUGAUGAUUGCCUAUCAGCGCCUUCUUUUCUUUUCUUUUCUUUUUUUGAAAUGGAAAACUAGUUGUCUGGCUGUCAGCUUGGUGGCUCAACCGUCAGCAGAGACAGAGUUUGGCUAUCAGUGUCAUCUGGCUGGGGAUGCUGUAAACCAAUCCAAACGGCAAACAGUUAAUCAAACUGCAAGUUGAUUCGGAAAACUGUUCGGUAUUAUGUGUAAAACACUACAUUUCUCAA